UUUCUGCCGAGCGGUGAGUCUCGUGCCAAGCCCACGCGAAACCCGCACGGAGUCUUCGCAGACGAAAGCCAGUCGCUUUUUCCUCGAAGGCGAAUUCCCCCCAACAGCUUCGUUUCUGUCUCUUCUUCUCCCCCUCUUCUCCUCCUCUCAUCCCGGUUUAUACUCAACCACCGUUCGCAUCAUCCUCUCAAUCUCGCCCCUUGCCGCCCUUCUCCUCUCUUCCCGGUCUAUCCCGCACAAGAGUCAUUUUUCCCUCCUCCUCUCCCACACCUCAAACCUAUACUUCCCGCAUCACUCUCCGCAUCAUCGAAGAGUGUCUUCCCUUUUUUUUUUCCCUUUGAUCUUGUAUCUUAUUCCUUUCUUCCUUUCCUUUCCUGCCUUUCAAUUGGGUUGCAUUGGUGCUUGGUCCAUUUCGCAUUGUUAAGCGAGCGGAAGAAAAACAACAGAGUCUCAUUUAGAUCUCAUUUUGACAGCUUCCGAUCUCGUUAAAAGCUUCGUUCAGAUAGCUCUUCUCGGCUGUUCCAAUCCGCGAUCCCCACCUUCUUACGGCUACUUUUAAUUUUCAUCUCAUCUCCUCUCCUCUCGGCCUCGAACCUCAUCUCUCCCCAAUCCUCUCUCAAAAUGGCCGACAUGACCCAGGUUCCCCUCAACGGCAACUACGCCGCCCAGCAUGGCUUCCCCGAAUCCUUCAACCCCGCCCACGCUGCCAUGAACACCGCGGCCAACUUCCAGCCUGCGCAGUCCUCGACCCCUACCAGCGCCACCCCCAGCACCGAGCAGCAGAAGAAUGAGAUUACCAAGGAUGAGGUUGGCUGGUUCUUCGUUGAGCAGUACUACACCACUAUGAGCCGCAACCCGGAUAAGCUCCACUUGUUCUACUCCAAGCGAUCCCAGCUUGUCUUUGGCACCGAGGCCGAGUCCGUCCCCGUUGCCAUUGGUACCAAGGCCAUCAACGACAAGAUCAAGGCUCUUGACUUCCAGGACUGCAAGGUUCGCGUCCUGAACGUCGACUCCCAGGCUUCCUUCGACAACAUUCUGGUCUCCGUCAUUGGCGAGAUCUCCAACAAGUCCGAGCCCUCUCGCAAGUUCGUUCAGACUUUUGUCCUGGCUGAGCAGCCUAACGGCUACUACGUCCUCAACGACAUCUUCCGUUACCUCGUUGAGGAAGUUGAGGAGGAUGAGGCCGUGACCGAGGAGCCUACCCCCUCUGUCUCUGAGGCUCCCCAGGCUACUGAGACUGCCACUGCCUCCGAGGAGGCUCAGGUCGCUGAUGAGUCCACCGCUUCCAAGGUUGAUGAGAAGCUGGAAGAGGUCAAUGGCGAGGUCGAGCAGCCUGAGGAGGUCGCUCCCAAGACCAACGGUGCCCCCGCCGAGGAGGUUGACGAGGCCCCCGUCCCCGCUGUCGAGCCCGAGGCUCUGAAGGAAGAAGAGCCUCAGACCCCCGAGCCUUCCCCCGCUCCCGAGCAGAAGGAGGUCCCCGCUGAGAAGGAGGCUGCUGCUGCUGCCCCGGCUGCUCCCGCCGCCGCUCCCGCCGCCCCCAUCCCGGCUGUCCCCAAGACCUGGGCUAGCAUUGCCUCCAAGGUUGGUGCUGCCAAGGCUGCCGCUGCCGCUGCCGCCCCGGCCGUCCCUGCGGCUGCUCCUGCGGCUGCUGCUCCCACUCCCGCUGCUGCUGCGCCCAAGGCUGCUGCUGCUCCUUCUACUGACUCGGCUGCCGCCACUCCUCGUGCUGCUGCUGCUACUCCUACCCCUGCUGCUGAGAAGGAUGUUGUCUCUGCUGACGGUGCUGGCUGGCAAACCGCCGGUGCUGAUCACAAGAAGACCCAGUCUCGCGCUGGCGAGGACCAGGUCGUUCUGGGUUAUAUGAAGAAUGUUAACGAGAAGGUUGACGCUGGUCUCCUGAAGCAGACCCUUGCCCGCUUCGGCAAGCUGAAGUAUUUCGAUGUCAACCGCCCCAAGAACUCUGCCUUUGUCGAGUUUGCCGAGCCCUCUGCGUAUGCCGCCGCUGUCGCUGCCAACCCCCACCAGAUUGGCACUGAGCAGAUCGUCCUCGAGGAGCGCCGCCCUCGCCCCAACACCUUCGGUAACGGCUUCCCUGCUGGUCGUGGCCGCGGUGGCCGUGGUGACCGUGGUGGUAGCCAGGGUCGUGGCGGUUUCCAGCGUGAUGGCCGUGGUGGCUUCGCUCCCCGCGGUGGUCGCGGCGGAAAUGCUGCUACCAAGAACCGCAACGGCGCCCCUGCUGCUUAAGCUCUAUUCGCCCUCUCAGAAUUAAAAUAGCUCCAUGUGGCGGUGAUGAGUACCACGCCCGAGCUUGGAUCAUGACGUGAGGUUUCGUUCCACCUCUAGCUUCGAGCUUCGAGCCUCAGCUUCAGCUCCGGGCUCUCGCUCGAAUAUCUUCUCGAGCACCUCGACAUGUCUUUGACACGUCUCUCUCUACGUACACUUUCGAUGGAUUCCUCUUCCAGAAAUCUGUAUUACUCCGGAUUUUGAUACUUUUUUCUCGUUUGUGGUCUUGACCCCGUCUCGACCUUUUAUCCCCUGGUCUCUUUUUUCCUUUUUUCCCCCUCCAUAAUGACAUGUGUUAUGUGACUUCCCCCUCCACCACCCCCUUUUUUUCCUGUCUCCUGUCACAGUGCAUAUUAGCGGUUGGGUCCGGGUCGGCUGGAAAAGUUGUGUCUUUCUUUCCCCUCCCUCUCUGGGCACUUUGUCUUAUUUUGCGGUUUAUUGUGUUUUUGUGUCCUAUGCGUGGGCCUCCCCGGCUUCUACCGUUUAAACCAUAUCACCGGUUUUUUUUUUAUUUCUUUGGUGGUGGUGGUCUGGCUUUCGUGUUUCCCCCGUCUCACGAUUUCUAUGCCCUAUAUUCUCCAAUGAUUCUCUUUUUCUCCGUCUUGUGCUUUGAUAACUUGCCAUUUCCUUUUCCAUGUCACGAGCCGCUGUUCCACCACGAAGACUCUAUAUCGCAUCGUUUAUCUAGCAUAGCAAGUUGAGGGUUUUGCGGUGUUACACCAUCCCGGUCUCUUUAUUUCCUUGUUUCAUGUUCAAUCUUUCUUAUGCUCUUCCGUGUCCCCUUGGGAUAUGGGUGGAUAUGUAUUUUGCCAGGAAGAUGGGUCUUGUAAAUGGUAUGGUCAAUGGGUGGAGGGUUGAGGGGGCUACUCUGGGUAUCUGUCAUAGUGAUUGAAACAAGUGCAAUAUCAGACGGUUGUACCAACUUGCCCCUGACAGGACCGUAUCGUGCCGUGUGACCUACUACGUGGUGGUUGCUGGGUAGCAGACCAGUUGUCAGUAACAUCACUGGUAGGACACAAUAUCUCAGUAAAUUGCAAAGUACUGGGAGUUUGGGAUGAAGGAUUUCUACGUUCUCAGUUACAGAUGUUCAUGUACUCUAUGAUACUAUGAUACUAUGAUACCGUGC